UACUCAAACAAGACCUUCUCUAGAUCUAGUCCCACCAUUGCUAAUUUGCGAGGGAUGGGUGCUAAUUUGCGCGGGUUUUGAAGAUCACAACCCUCCAUGGCCGCAAGAGACCACCAAUCAAAGAAGCACUCCAUUUUCUUUUCCUCAACCUGCUACAGCUACUUCCUCUUUCUCUCUCUACUCUGCCUCGUGUCUCUCUUCUUCUCUUUCUCUCUCUUCCGAUAUUCGUCCACCGUCACCCUUCUCUCUCCCCACCACCGUCACCGAAGCUUCGAAUCUGAACAAUCCGAAACGAAAACGAAGAACGAAGCAUUGAAUGAAUCACCGUGCGAUUACUCCGAUGGAGAGUGGAUCUACGAUCCUACAGUCAGAUCUUCGCGGUAUGACAACACCUGUAAGGAGAUAUACAAAGGUUGGAAUUGCAUUGGCAGCAACAAAUCAAACGGUCUUGAUCUCAUCAAGUGGCGGUGGAAGCCCAGUCACUGUGAUCUCCCGCCGUUCGAUCCACUUCGGUUUCUUGAACGCUACAGAAACACCAAUAUUGGGUUUGUUGGUGACUCGUUAAAUAGGAAUAUGUUUGUUUCUCUUUUCUGCACUUUGAAACGAGUGUCUGCUGAAGUGAGAAAGUGGCGUCCCGCUGGAGCUGACCGUGGCUUUACCUUUCUUCAGUAUAACCUUACCAUUGCGUAUCAUCGGACCAAUCUUUUGGCCCGUUAUGGUAGGUGGUCAGCCAAUGCUAAUGGCAGUGUAUUAGAAUCUCUUGGAUAUAAAGAGGGUUAUAGAGUUGACAUUGAUAUACCAGAAGGAACAUGGGCAGAAGCACCAAGUUUCCAUGAUAUUAUCGUCUUUAACACAGGACACUGGUGGUGGGCUCCUUCAAAGUUUGACCCUGUCAAAUCACCUAUGCUUUUCUUUGAAAAGGGCCUGCCUGUGAUGCCUCAAAUACCUCCUCAUGAUGCUCUCGAAAUGGUUUUAAAGCACAUGAUAUCAUUUGUGGAGGGAAAAAUGAAACCAAAUGCAGUCAUAUUCUUCCGGACACAAUCCCCUAGACAUUUUGAAGGAGGUGACUGGAACCAAGGUGGUACUUGUCCGCACUUGCAACCUUUGUCGCCGCCACAGGUUGAAGACCUUUUCUCAGUGAAAAAUAACGGAACAAAUGUGGAGACGCGGCUCGUAAACAAGCAUCUAUACAAGGCCCUCAAAGGCUCCAGCUUCCAUAUACUGGAGAUAACUCACAUGAGUGAGUUCAGGGCAGAUGCUCAUCCUUCCACAGCUGGAGGAAAGAAACAUGAUGAUUGCAUGCACUGGUGCUUACCUGGAAUUACUGAUAUUUGGAAUGACUUGUUUGUUGCACAUCUAGGCAACAUUAUUGCUAGGAACUGAAGUGUGAUUAUUUUUUUGUUCUUUAUAUAUAUAUAUAUAUAUGUAUGUAUGUAUUAUCGUUAUUAUUAUUAUUAUUUUUAAAAAAGAACCAUGCCAGGUGCAAAUUUAAUUUGGGUAGCUAGGUUAUAUAUCUACGGUUUAGGUUGAUGGCUGCAUAUGUUAUUUUGUAGUAACACCUUUAUUUUACAAAUAUUGUGCUUGUCCCCUCGUGGGAUACGAUUGGAAUUUAAGUGUGCUUUUCUUGAUGCGAUGUAUUAAAUCACUUGAAAUUA